AUGUUUGUAGCAUGUGAGUUGAGAAAUGAUUAAAAAAUACCGGUUAUUCAAAUAAUUACAGUAAUACUACUUGUAUUUGGUUUUGUUUCGGCUGCUCAAAAAGAUUUGGGAGCACCAAGCUGGUCAUGUGAUGCAAAUGUUAUGGCAAAAUCUAAAAAAGUUCCAACGAGUGCGCAUAGUGUCAGAUUUGCUGAUAUCAAAGUUAUUGGAGCUUUAGGAGACUCGUUAACGGUAAAUUAAUUGAUUUUUCUAAAAUUUUGGAAUUCGGUUACUGUAAUUCUCAUUUGAAAAAAGAACAAAAUAUUAAUUGAACAACAAUUUCAGGUUAAUAGAUAAAUUUGAAAUCUGAGAAAAUAGUUCUAACAUUCUCUAACCUCACAGACCUCGUAAAACUUCGAUCACAUUGUUUUACUGUUAAAAAAUAUGAGAUUCGUUCCAAAAAAUUGAUAACUGUUCAAAAUACACUCAAAUAUUGCCUAUUUUAUCAUCUAGGCAGCAAAUGGUGCGGGUGCAAAACAAGGUGACCCUUUGGCUGUUGUUCUACAAUAUCGUGGCCUUGCUUUUCAAAUUGGAGGAGACAAAUCACUUGAUGAUCAUAUCACUGUUGCCAGUACGACUUAUUCUAAAAAAUCAGAAACUAAACUAUUUGAAGUUUUUCAGAUGUAUUGAGAAAAUUCAACCCAAAUCUCGUAGGAUAUUCAACAGGAAUUGGAUCAGAAAAUGUUUGGGAAGUUGCGAAAUUGAAUAUGGGAGUGCCUGGAGCAGAAUCGAAAGAUAUUGUUGUUCAAGCAAGAAGAUUAGUGAACCUAAUGCAUUCUCAUUCUGAAGUCAGUGUUAUUAGAUUAGGAUGUAAAAUUUGACUAUAAGAAAUUUCAGAUCAAUGUCAAGGAAGAUUGGAAACUUGUCAAUAUUUUCAUCGGUGCCAAUGAUAUUUGUGUUUAUUGUGAAGAUCCGUAUUCAAAUUCAACGGUAUUUACCUAUAAAUUUUCCUGUUAAGAACUCAACAUUGAAAACAUUCUAGGCUCCACAUGGAAAGACAACAUUUGAAAACAAUAUUAUCGAAGCUGUCAAAAUUUUACACGACGGACUUCCAAGGUAUUUUUCGACAGAUGUAAAACACCAGAGAAUAUGUAAAUUCCAGAACUAUUGUAUCGUUAACUGGAAUGUUUAAUAUGAGAAUGUUGAGAAAAAUCGAUCAUGAUAGAUAUUUUUGCGAAGGUUUGCAUAUGUAAGUUAUUUACUUGAUCGAUCGAUCAGAAGUAAGUAUGAUUUUUAGUUUCGAAUGUGAUUGUGAAUCGAAUAAAAAGUAUACAGAUGAUGAUAUUCAAUCAGUCUGCUUCGAUUAUAUGGUAAAUCCUACAGGUUUUCGAUAGAAAAUUAAUCAAUAAAAAAUUCUUGCAGAAUGCUGAAAAAAACAUUCAAGAUUCUGGAAUGUUUGAUGACAAAGAAGAUUUUACAUUUGUAGUUCAACCAUUCUUUAAUGGAAUCACUGAUCCACCAUAUAUUGCACCUGGUGAUGUUGACAUGACAUUUUUUGCACCAGAUUGUUUCCAUUUUUCUGCUUUUGGUCAUGCUAAUAUUGGUAUGCAUUUAUGGAAUACUAUUGUGCAACCAGUGAGUUAUUAAAAAUCAAUAUGUUUCCGAAAACGAAUUAUGAAAUUAAGGUCGGAUUCAAACAAACCAGUGUAAAUUUGAGUGAUCAUACAGUUGCUUUAAGCUGCCCACAAACAAAUUGCCCUUAUUUCCCAACAACCAAAAAUAGUCAAAAUUGCGCGAGUUAUCACACGAUGAGCGAAUUGGAUUAA